AUGCAGGAUUCUACUCAUCAAAGUAUAAAUUAUUAUUCGAGAUUUACUCCAGAGAUACAAAUACGUAUUUUUGUGAACAUUCGCCAUCCAAAGAAUUUAUUGAUGGCUAAUAAAGCCUGGUACAAGAUCUCUAAACAAACUGAUGUUAGAGCAGAGUGGGUGAUUGUUCAAUUUAGCAAAGCACAUGCGUUAUUUCAUUCAAUUCGUUUAGGACCGAAGUUUGUUAAUGUAGAUUUGAUUAAGAAAGUUAUUGAGAUGGGAGGGAUAUUAUCCCGAUAUUUUGUGCAACGCUUCUUACUUUCCUUCGGAUCUUAUGAUCCGAAAUUAAUUGAGAUGAAAAUUGAACAUAAUGUCGGAAAUAUAGAUAGAGAGCAGAUUCGUAGGGUCCAGCAAAAAAGUGCUGCACCUUGGGGGAGCGAUACACCACUUGACGUAUUUACAUAUAUUUUACUUGAAGCAUCCAUGAGAUUAAACCCUUCAGAUAAAUCAAUUCCUUAUACAGAUUUUGCUGUCAAAGGAAACGACAUGGAAUCGUUUCAUUUCCAGAGUGGUGGACCAUAUGCAAUUAAUCAAGCAAAUAUGAAACUUAAGGAGAAUUUGGAUUCGAUUAAGCACUUGAUCACAGGCUAUAAAAUGCCUGAUGUUCAAAAAAUAACCGAAGAUCUACAAAGCUUGUUGGAUUUAGGGUUCAAACCAACAAACACAGUUAUUCUUGAUAUUUUACAACUCUUUGAAAAUCGAUUAGAAAUUAUUGGUGAAAGGAUAAUUUGUUCAUUCAUUUCAGUUCGUAAAAAUGAAAAUCUUUAUGACUUUUACAAGAUGCUUGUUGUAGAAGCCAUUAAACCAGAUAGAAAUCUUAAAAAAAUUGAAGUUUUAAAUUUUUUGGAAAAAACUUUUCGAGAUGAAAGUGGAAAGAUUUUCAUUAGUGCGAUGGGAUUAAUCGAAGAAAAUAGUUCUAUUGAUAAAAUAAAAGAUUCAAAUCAUGUUAAUAAUACAAAUCAUGUUAACAAUAUUAAUAAUAACAAUAUUAAUAAUCAAUAUGAACAAAAUUCUCAACCUGAAAAUAACGACCAUAAUUCCGUAAAAUUCAGUGUUCCCUAUAAACCCUUAUUAUAUAAUUUAAUAUUUUAUAACUGGAUUUUGAUUAAAUUCCCAGAAACUUUAUCUAUCGCACAAUUAGCAUUUAAUGAUAUUAUAGAGACAAGAAUAAGUCUUGAACUUAAUCAAAAUUCUUCUAAAUCAUUUGAAAUCAAAUAUAUUGAAACGUGCAAUAUUUUUAAACUUUAUUGUAAUUUUAAGAAUUUCUUUUUAAUUUCUCACCUUGAACUCCUUAAGAAAAUUUCAAACGAAGAUAUCCUUUGCCCUUUGUUUGAAUUUUAUUUACCAGAUCUAUUUGGUCUUCCAACUACUUUCAAUAUGCCUAUGGAAAUAACUGAUGAUUCAAACAUUUAUUUUAAACCAAAGAAAAGGAAAAAAAGGACAAUUUUAAAGAAUGAAAAAGUAAAGUGGCUUACGGCUAUUAAAGAAAUUCAUGAUGAUAUUGUAAAUGAAGGUAAUUCUAUAGUAAUGACAGACGAAUUUAGGGACUGUAUUGAAGAUCUUUAUUAUAAAUUGGAAGAAGAAGGAAAGUUUAAAAAAGUAGAAAUAAGAUCAGAAACUCCUAUAAACAAUAAUACUAAAAAAUAUAAAGCGGAGAAGAAUCAAAAGAAAAAGGAUUUUUAUGACAAGGAUUUAUAUAUACAUAACUUGUAUGAUUUCGAAACAUGA